AAAGCCACCAUACACUUUCUCUCUCUUAAAAACCCAUGUCAAAAGUGAAGUCUUUUGGAUUUGAUCUUGAACCAUUUUAGCUAUAAUUCCUUGUGUUCACACAAAAUCAACAUAAGAAACAUACCCUUUUGUUUAUAUAGCUAUAUAUUGUUAUUACUAUUAUCCUUUUUCUGCUUAAUUAUUAUUAGUUAGCCAAAACCAUAGGAAAAUUAAAGAAGUCUUCAAUCUUGAGUUCAUAUAUAGUUUUUAGUUUCUUCUUGCUGCUGCAUAAUGAGGGAAUUUCCUUCUUGCUUCGGUGAGAAUGGUGUUCAAGUUGCUGAUUCAUCAUCUUCUUUAGGUUCAACAACAACAACAAGAUCAGCACAAAAUGUGACAUGUGUCUACCAGUGCAAGCUGCAAGGAAGUUCUUCAAUUUGCUUCAUCACAGUGACAUGGACAAAAACCCUAAUGGGACAAGGCUUGAGUGUGGGAAUUGAUGAUCUUUUCAGCAACCAUUGUCUCUGCAAGUUUGACAUAAAGCCAUGGCUGUUCUCAAGGCGAAAAGGGUCCAAGAAUUUUGAUGUCAAAUCCAAUAAAGUUGACAUCUUUUGGGAUCUGAGCUCUGCAAAAUUUGGUUCUGGCCCUGAACCAUUAGAAGGCUACUACCUAGCAAUCAUGUUCAACCAUGUCAUGGUGUUGCUCCUUGGUGAUCUCAAAAAGGAUGCAUGCAAGAAACUAUUUGAUCAUCAUAAUAAUGGUGAUGAUGAAAUUUCCUACAAUCUUCAUCAAUCUUCUGGUGCAAUUUUUAUUGCAAAGAGGGAACAUGUUUUUGGUAAGAAAUGUUAUGGAGCAAAGGCUCAAUUUUGUGACAAGGGUCCAUUGCACAAUGUGACAAUUGAAUGUGACACAUUUAAUACUAAUAGUAAUAAUAGUAUUAGCAGUGAUCCUUGUCUUGUGAUAAGAAUUGAUAGCAAGAUUGUGAUUCAGGUGAAGAGGUUGAAAUGGAAAUUCAGAGGGAAUCAUACAAUUUUGGUUGAUGGGGUUCCAGUGGAAGUGUUCUGGGAUGUGCAUAAUUGGCUCUUUGGGAAUUCUAUGGGGAAUGCUGUGUUCAUGUUCCAAACUCAAUCUCAAUCUGUUUCUUCUUCUGAAGAUCAUCACUAUCAUCAUCAUCAUCAUCAUGAAGAUGCAUUAACUUGGGCUUAUUGUCAACAGUUUAAGGAUUCACAGUUGCAAGGUCUUGGAUUCUCUCUCAUUUUGUAUGCUUGGAAGAAUGAGUAAUCAAUAGAGUUGUUACUUCUUUUUUUUUUUUUUGCGAGUGUUGAACUGAUUUUGAUAAAU